AUGGAUCUAGAGGAUGAAUUUCAAGAUUUCCUAAAAGAGCGCAGCGAGAUUCUCGGAGACAUCGAACAGUUUUUGUUCAUGACCUUCAGGUAUUUCUUGGAGAUGGGGAACAGAUAUGAUCCCAAAUUCUUUGCUACUGAAACUGUACGUUCACUGAUCCAAUCGCUUUGUCUAAUACAUGGAUUAUAUGGCUAUCCUGAACGAAACUCUUCUGCGAAGAAUAUCACUGGUAAGAACUAAUUACGUAAUUAUGGACUGUUUUUGGUUCAAGGUGGCUGCAACGCGUUUGGAUUGGAAAACCGUGAGCCCAAUUAAAACGAAAGUGGCUGUGUUGACGAAAGGCUUGUCUAAAAUAUGUUACAAUUCGAUAAAUCAGACCUAUCGCAAAAUAUUUCUUCGAUGCCAUUUCAUUAGCUCGAUAUAUAUACUGAACGCUGACAACUUGAAUCGGCGUGUUUAGUCAGAUGCUUCCUUAUUCAGUAAUAUAUAUCUAAAGAUUAAAUACGCCCGUAUAAAUUGAUUUAACGUACAGUUGUGGUCUUCAAUGGUAGACCAUAACACUUUCUUGCAUCUCGCCAUUACGAAACAAAUAUAGUUGUCACUGAUGUGGUUGGUUCGGGGAUUAGAAUAUACAGUAAGUUGUCGCCAUAGUGUUCUGAGUGUUGAUGAUCCCACAAUCACAGCACAACAAUACGUCUGCGCAUGCGCGGGAACUAAGAAAUGGCGCCAAAUUUAAAUUCCAAUUUCAAAACAAAAACAUGGCCAGCAAACGGGUCGUAAUUCCUCCUAGAUUUGAAGUACAGCAAUUUAAUAAGGUGGCUUCCUACAGUAAUCGUACAGUUUAAAACAUAUUGAUUGAUUGAUAAUAGUAUUUAUUCAGGAAAACCAACAUUUAUCACUUAUUUACUGAGACCAAGGAGUGUUUUGUUAUAUAGUAUAUAAGUGUCAAAGUAUGAAUAGUUCACCGGUUAUUGGAGUGAACUUUGAAACCAAAACUUGAUAAAUGGAACGUCAACGCCGUAAAUGUUUAAUAAAAAAAGUUUAAUAAAAUGAACAGUUGGAACUUCACGGUUGACGCACAUGCGCACUGCACCCAUUCUAUUGUGGACCGGUCAAUAAAUUAUUUAUUAUGGUAAUGCCGUAACGACGUUUUGCGCACUGGCACGUGAUACGCUUUUGUCCAAUCGGAAAACCGAUGUUUGAGGAGAAAUUGUUUCUUCUAUUUUCACUAUCAUCAGGCUAUGUUUCUUCAACUUUUUGGCCAGAUUUUUAUUUAAAAAUGGUUUCCAGCGCCUUUAUAACUAAACUAAACUUUCUAUUGCAGUGGACAAAGAUGCCGUGAGAUGGAUUGUUUUAAACAGGAUCAAAGAAAAUGGGACAGCAUUUGGUAUAUAUACGUACUUUGUACUACGGAAUCAUAGUAUUUCCAUAUUUAUUUAAUAACUGCAUCACAUAAAUUCCAUAAUCGACAUAAUGAUAUUGUUUUGGCCACUUGAGCCUUUAGCCGUUUAGAUACUUUUUCAUACAGUUCAAACGUUAAUUAACGCAAUUUUUGCAUUUAAUAUACUUGGCACAUUAUAGCCAGGGGGCGAUUAUUACUGUAGUACAUGGACUUCGUCCUUAACCGGAAUGAACAGAACAUUAGCUAUAUAUUAUAUCAUGAAAUCAUUAAAUGUACAUGCAACCGUUAUUUUGUUUUAAUUGUAUUUUAAGUGGACUUCUAUAAAGAGGCAAACAAAGACGACUUUUGGGAAUUCAGUCUUCAAGAGUCAAGUGUAACUAGUUCACUCAGAGAGCCUGCUCAUAUAUUCCUACAACUG